CUUUUGUUCUUUGUCAGCUUUGUCGUGGAGGUUGGUUGCGUUGCUGAUAGCUGUGCCCGGCUGUGCCACACCUGUGCUUGCUGUGUUUUGUCGGCGGCGUUCAGCGAUGGGGAAUCUAUCCAAACGGCGCUAGAUGGAAUCCCGGCGGAGCUCCGUGAUCAUCCCGCUCCGACAUGUGGAGCAAAAGCUAUCAUGGGACUGUGGCGUCUCUUGCGUGGCCAUGCUCUUGGCGACCGACCGAGAACGUCGAGACUUCCUCGCCAACCGGGACCGCAUAUCGCAGGAAGAAGGCUUCGGCGCGAGCACUUGGACCAUAGACCUGUGCUACCUGCUCCGGCGGUACGGCAUCGACCACGUCUACACGACGGUCACGCUGGGCGUCAACCCCAAAUACAAGAACGAGCUCUACUACAAGCUCUCGCUGCUAAGAGACCACCAGCGCGUCGAAGACCGCUUCAGGGAGGCGUCCUCGCGCGGCGUAAUCGUCGAGCGCAGGUCGGUGACCCUCCUCGACAUCUUGGAACACUUGUCUCGCGGCAGUCCGAUAAUCGUGCUGGUUGACCAGGGACUCCUGUACUGCGACGCGUGCCAGGCCAGCAACCGCAUCGUCGCCAAGGUGUCCGGCAUGCUGGGCAAGUGUUUUCCUUUCCAGGGACACUACGUGGUGCUCUGCGGUUACAGGAUGAGCGAGAAGAAACUGCUCUAUCGAAACCCGUCCAAGAGCGAACGGCUGUGCAGUGUGCCAUUCGACGCCUUCGAGAAAGCGCGGAAGCGUUUCGGAACGGACGAGGACGUCAUCUUUGUGCGUAGCAGUCGCGCAGAGCAGUAAGGUAGUUGCGUGCCGGCCAAAAAUCGUUUCGCUCCGGUGGAGCGGCGAUUGGUGAUCGUGCAAUUGUUGCUGUCUUUGAUCCAGUUUUUCGUGUUAUUCGAGAGAUGGCGGUAGUGCAUAAGCCAUUUGUUCUACCCUUUGAUAGAGAGCCUACAUUGGAGAGAGGGUCCAUCCCUAACCAUGGGAAGCGUUUGCUGCCGAAGUUUGCACCAAGUGCGCAUGUGGUUUGUUUUCGCGUGGCGACGAGGAAAGCAGGCAAAGACGUUUGCAGAUGACCAAAGCUUUCGUCACCUCCUCUGGAGCAGUUGGAAAAUCUGUAAUUCAGGCUCUCUAUCACUUGGUUGGACGUCCUCGAGUCUCUAUUCUCGUGGAACUGAAGUAGCCUGGUUCACAUAUUUGUUUUUAAGUGUGGUUGACCGCAUUGCCACCGCUUACGACAAGACAAUGCACUGGCGUUUUUUGGGUGUGCCACGUUGUGUAGAACUUGGCACUUGCGCUACGCAGGUUGCUUAGACACUGCUUCAUCACUGGUCCUAAUUUCGUGCCUAACGGCGGCAAUUAGUUUUAUGAACGCAUUGAAGCAGGGAGAUCUUCGGUGCAAUGUCAAGCCGUCUGUCAAAGCCUCAGCAGAGGCUCCGAACGGAAAGAUUGCAUGUCUAGGUUACA